AUGUCUGAGGAGGCUUCUCAAUUGGAAAAGAAUGCCGAAGAACUUAAAAAACAUGAAGAAUUGCUUUUACGAAGUAAAGUGAUGGAACGAGUAAAUAAAAAAUUAACUUCCGAGAAGAAUGAAUUGACACGCAAACUUCACGCAAUUAAAAGUUUUAGGCCAUUACAAGGCUGUAUUAAACUUACUUUGGAAAAAUUUCGCAUUCUUGCGUUAAAUCCAACACUUUUGGCCAUUUAUUCUGGACCAAUUCAAUUGGGUGGUUUUCAUUGGAAACUUUGUGCUGAACGGAGUGUUGACAAUUGGUUGGGCCUUUAUCUUUGUAUUUAUGUGCCAAAAAGUUGUCCGGAGGAAUGGGAAUGCCGCGUCAAUUUCACUUUUUGUAUGAAACAUAUAACUGAUGUUGAUGCUUGUAUUCACAGAAGUAAUGGGAAGCCUAUUGUUUUUUCGAAUGCUUUGGGUCGUCGUGGAAGGAGCGGUUUUGCUGACUUUGUUGGAAUUUAUCAUUUGCUCGAUCCUCAAAGCGGUUUUGCUGAUUUGCAAGAUUGUGUUAAAAUGGGUGUCAGUUUUACUAUUGUUUAUUCAACUCAAACUUGA